AGACGGUCACACUACAGCGGAGCGAUACAUCGUUAUCGCUCGACCAGGGAUCCUAUUCGAUGAGCCUUGCCGAUGUAUAUCGAUUGAAAUAGCAGGACCGUUUUUCGUUUAAGCUUUUCCAAUUUUUGGACCUUUAUAUAUGUUUACCCAAAAGGAGAAGUGUUUGUGUGCCAUGGAGACUAAUGUGAAUCCCCUGGCCGUAAUCCUGGUUUACUUCGAUAGCAAGGGGGAUCGGUUACUGUACAGGUAUCCCUACCAGACUCUCGGCCAAACGGAGGUGGCCAACGACGAGCAGCGGAAGUCCAGAAAGCGCAAUCCCUAUGCCGUGGCCAAUACGGACGAUCUGCUGCAGACACCCACCCACUUGGGAGCUGCCAAGAGCCAAGGACAACUGCAGGGAUUCGCUGACGAGGUCCUGUCCGCUCUGUUUGCUGUUAAGCCACAGCUAUGCAACCAAAAGUUUGAACUCAAACUGAACGACGUACGCUUUGUCAGUCAUCCCACGCUGAUACCGCACAAGGAGCAGAGAAGCGGACCAAUGGCCAAGCAACAGAUGCUCAUCAAUAUUGUGUUUGCGCUGCAUGCACAGGCCAGCUACUCGAUUGUUAAGUGCUACCACGAACUGAGCAAGCGCCUUGGACUGGCGCUGAAGUUCGAGGAGCAGCGCAGUGGCUAUCUUACCGAGCAGACGGCCCAAAUGGCCCGCACACACGACGAACAGCAGCAACAGCCGCUGGAACGCACACUGGAGCUGAUUGCAGAGCGCUGUAGCUUGGCGCAGGCCUUGCGCUCCAUCUUCCACGAUCUGUGCACCACUGGACUGCUGAGUACCUCGCUGAAUCACAACCUAACGCUGUGCUUCUGCCUGCCCGCUAAGGCACACCAGCUCCAUAAGAAGGGCAGUAUGGUGGAUCCAGAGACCAUAGAUCGGUGUCUUCGUGCUCUGAAGCCCUAUCAUGGCAUGCUGCUGCUGGUGGACUUUGCCGAAUUGUUGGACUGCGUUCCACCGACUGGGGCACGCAUGCUAUGGCAGCUAGUCGACGUCUACGACCCGCUGAUCAGUCUGCAGAGCAUGUCCUCCAAUGCAGACUUGAGUAUCGAGCAUGUUUAUAAGCUCGUCUCGCAUUUGGUCUACUGGGCUAAGGCCACUAUCAUUUAUCCACUAUGCGAGACAAAUGUCUAUGUGAUCGCGCCGGAUGCACCAUUGCACACAAAGUCCCACCUGGUGGAGAAGUUUUCGGCCCGUUUUGCCGGUAUGUCGCUGUUCGAGGUGAUCUCCGAUUUUUCAUUGCCCACUUCGAUUGGACACUUGACCACGCCCCUGCAGCAGCCGGCGCGACAGGGUAUCCUCGCACAAAUGGUGAUUUGGAUGCUGCAGCACCAUCUGCUCAUGCAGCUGCACACGUACGUUCAGUUUAUGCCCAGCGAGGAUGAAUUCGGAGAUUCGGCCUCCUGCAGCAACCAUCUAAGGGAUGCCAUUAGCGAUGAAGAAGGCGACCAAGAACCAGAUGCGGACGAGUUGCAUGGCUCCAUGCUUAGCAUGUCCAGUCAUCCGUUGCCAGUGCCAGCUGUGUUGGUGGGCGGACAUCGGCGGGAGGUGUCCGAGGACCAUUCCUCACUGGCCUCGGACAACAUCGCCGUGCAGCCAUCAUCCAGCCACAAGUCCAAUUUCAGCAUCACCGCUUCGAUGAGCACGGACAAUUGCGACAGCCUCGAUUCCAUGGAGGAUGAGCAGAAGCUGAAGGAGUUGCUACAGGUUUUCAGCGAUGCGGAUCGAGCCGCCAUCCGUCGAAUUCCCGCCUCUGCCAACGUGGAUGAUCUCUCACUGCUUGUGAAGCUGUAUCAGAUGGGUUACUUUAAGAGCGAGCACCAUCUGGAGGAGAUCAUGUACUUCGAGAACCUGCGCCGUUCGCAACUGCUGCAAUUGCUGGAUAAAUUCAGGGAUGUGCUUAUCAUUUAUGAAACGGAAGAUCCUGCAAUUGCAUCCAUGUACAAUACAAAGUAGAAUUUGGGACGAAUUUGCAUUCCAAGAUCUUAAUGUUGAGUGUUUUUGUUUAGUUAUUGAAUAUAAUCUAUAAAAUAUGUAUGCAUCUAAGUUUGUAAAGUUUGCGAAGCAAAUCAAUUUACGCUUGUAGACUACAUAUAUUGUUAUUUAU